AUAAAAUCUCUCUCUUUCUAUUUUGACUCUAUGUGCACCCAAGUGUCUGGCUGUCUGUGCUUGUGUAUUUAGUUUGCUCGAGACAUCUGCUAAGUCAAUGAGAUUAGUUUUCCUUGUGGGUGUGACCAGUUUGUGUUUGUGUGUGUGUGUGUGUGUGUGUGUGUGCGGGACUGUAUAUCUACCAUUAAUUCCAAAUAUUUUAAAAUGCCCCCCCCCCCUCCUCCCCCCGCUGUCAUUACCAUUGUGUAGCUGUUAUAACAUCAUUAUUGUCAAUGCAGUCGGCACGGAGGGAGUCGGGAUGCAGUGUGUCUGUCUGUCUGUCUAUGUGUGUGUUGACUAACAGUAUUUUCCUCUCUCUCUCUAGUUGACAUCAGGGAGAUCAGAGAGCUGCGGUUGGGUAAAGGCUCCCGGGACUUUGAGCGUUAUCCAGAGGAGGCUCGUAAAUUAGACUCCACCCACUGCUUCAUCGUGCUCUACGGACUGGAGUUCCGUCUCAAAACACUCAGCGUGGCUGGUCAGUGUGUGUGUGUGUGUGUGUGUGUGUGUGUGUGUUGUGUGUGUGUGUGUGUGCGUUCUGUGUUGCUUGAUGGCUCUCCAAAUGUUCUCCAUUGCAUCUGUUAGUGAUAUUCUGGGAGGGUCAGGGGGUGGCUGGAAGAUAAAUAUUUCCAUAUUUGUAAUAAUACCAUGCUACUGUAGCUCCGGUUGUAUAAGGCAACAUUUCUAUUCUACCCCAAAUGUAUUUUCUCCAUGCCCCAUGUUUCCUGCUCUGUAUGUUUCUCGUCUCUGUCUGUCUGUUGUCCUGUCUGUUAUGUCCGGUGUCUGCUCUCUGUUCCCUGUCUCUCCAUGUCCUGUCUCGCUCUACUUCCCUGUCUCGCUCUCUGUCCCUGUCUCUGCUCUUCCCUGUCUCGCUCUCUGUCCUGUCUCGCUCUCUGUCCUGUUCGUCUCUGUCCCUGUCUCGCUCUCUGUCCCUGUCUCCUCUCUGUCCCUGUCUCGCUCUCUGUCCUGUCUCGCUCUUGUCCCUGUCUCGCUCUCUGUCCCUGUCUCGCUCUUGUCCCUGUCUCGCUCUUGUCCUGUCUCGCUCUCUGUCCCUGUCUCGCUCUCUGUCCUCUGUCUCGCUCUCUGUCCCUGUCUCGCUCUCUGUCCCUGUCUCGCUCUCUGUCCCUGUCUCGCUCUCUGUCCCUGUCUCGCUCUCGCUCUCUGUCCCUGUCUCGCUCUCUGUCCCUGUCUCGCUCUCUGUCCCUGUCUCGCUCUCUGUCCCUGUCUCGCUCUCUGUCCCUGUCUCGCUCUAUGUCCCUGUCUCGCUCUCUGUCCCUGUCUCGCUCUCUGUCCCUGUCUCGCUCUCUGUCCCUGUCUCGCUCUCUGUCCCUGUCUCGCUCUCUGUCCCUGUCUCGCUCUCUGUCCCUGUCUCGCUCUCUGUCCCUGUCUCGCUCUCUGUCCCUGUCUCGCUCUCUGUCCCUGUCUCGCUCUCUGUCCCUGUCUCGCUCUAUGUCCCUGUCUCGCUCUCUGUCCCUGUCUCGCUCUAUGUCCCUGUCUCGCUCUCUGUCCCUGUCUCGCUCUUGUCCCUGUCUCGCUCUCUGUCCCUGGUCUCGCUCUCUGUCCCUGUCUCGCUCUCUGUCCCUGUCUCGCUCUCUGUCCCUGUCUCGCUCUCUGUCCCUGUCUCGCUCUAUGUCCCUGGUCUCGCUCUCUGUCCCUGUCUCGCUCUCUGUCCCUGUCUCGCUCUCUGUCCCUGUCUCGCUCUCUGUCCCUGUCUCGCUCUCUGUCCCUGUCUCGCUCUCUGUCCCUGUCUCGCUCUCUGUCCCUGUCUCGCUCUCUGUCCCUGUCUCGCUCUCUGUCCCUGUCUCGCUCUCUGUCCCUGUCUCGCUCUCUGUCCCUGUCUCGCUCUCUGUCCCGUGUCUCGCUCUCUGUCCCUGUCUCGCUCUCUGUCCCUGUCUCGCUCUCUGUCCCUGUCUCGCUCUAUGUCCCUGUCUCGCUCUCUGUCCCUGUCUCGCUCUCUGUCCCUGUCUCGCUCUCGCUCUCUGUCCCUGUCUCGCUCUCUGUCCCUGUCUCGCUCUCUGUCCCUGUCUCGCUCUCUGUCCCUGUCUCGCUCUAUGUCCCUGUCUCGCUCUCUGUCCCUGUCUCGCUCUCUGUCCCUGUCUCGCUCUCUGUCCCUGUCUCGCUCUAUGUCCCUGUCUCGCUCUCUCUGUCCCCUGUCCUCGCUCUCUGUCCCUGUCUCCGCUCUGUCCCUGUCUCGCUCUCGGUCCCUGUCUCGCUCUCUGUCCCUGUCUCGCUCUCUGUCCCUGUCUCGCUCUCUGUCCCUGUCCUCGCUCUCUGUCCCUGUCUCGCUCUCUGUCCCUGUCUCGCUCUCUGUCCCUGUCUCCUGUCCUCUCGCUCUGUCCUGUCUCCUCUCUGUCCCUGUCUCGUCGUCUCUCGUCCCUGUCUCGCUCUCUGUCCCUGUCUCCGUCCUCUCGCUCUCUGUCCCUGUCUCGCGUCUCUGUCCCUGUUCCUCUGUCCUGUCUCGUCUUGUCCCUGUCUCGCUCUCUGUCCCUGUCUCGCUCUCUGUCCCUGUCUCCACUCUUCCUGUCCCUGUCCCUUCGCUCUCUCUGUCUGUGCCUUUCUCCUCUCUCCCUCUCCUCUCCCCCUCUCUCUCUCCGCUCCCUCCUGCCCCCCCCCCCCCCCCCCCCCACUCUCUCUCUCUCUGUCUCCAGCCUUUAGUGAGGAGGAGGUCAAUAUGUGGAUCACUGGACUCAACUGGCUGAUGAUGGAUACUCAGAGAGCCUCAGCACCACAACAGAUAGACAGGUACGUGUGUGUGUGAGAGAGCGAGAGAGAGAGAGAGAGAGAGAGAGAGAGAGAGAGAAGAGAGAGAGAGAGAGAGAGAGAGGAAGGAGAGGAGUGUGUGUGUGUGUGUGUGUGUGUGUGUGUGUGUGUGAGUGAGAGAGGGAGAGAUGUGAAGAGAGGAGUGUGUGUCUUAAUCACAGUCUGAAUCAGGAUGUGUCUGUGUUGUUUAACAGGCUCCUGUUUGUAGUUUCCGGUAGCAUUACUAUUAUAACACACACAGGAGAGAGGGGACAGGGAAGGGGGUUGGAGAGAGCAACAAUAUUUGUGUUGGUCAAAAAUAAUUAUUCUGGGUAAAUGUGUGGGGUUGAUGUUCCUCUAUUCCAUGGUUUGUGGAGGAAAACUGAGAGUAGUGCAAAGGGAAUAGUGUUUUGUUUGAGAGAGAAAGAGAGUGGGAGAGAGGCACUUCAGUGUUGUACAUAUGAUCAGUUUUAGGACUAUUUUGUUUACAAAUGUCAACGACUUGGUCACAGUCAAUGAAGUACCAUACAGUCAGUCAAUGAUUUUGUGUUGUAGGCUUUGGGUCACAUUUGUAUUUUUAGUACUUAUGUUUUCACAAAUACAGUCCUUUCACAAUUUAAACUUAGACUAAGUCAAUGUUAAACACCGUGGCUGGUGGCUUUCAAAAGACUCCACUGUGCUCAACACAGCUACUCAACAUCUCUCUUUCCAUCUCAUACUGAACUACUGUAUCUCUCUUCUCUCUAUUUCUGUAUAUCCUCCCUCCAGGUGGCUGAGGAGACAGUUUGAGGUGAUGGACAGGAAUCGGGAGGGAAGGUGGGUCAGACGUCAAUACCAUAUCAACAUUGUUGUUACACCCAAUCAGAACCCUGGGAUACACACACUAUGGUCACUCUGCCAACCAGUGGAAUUGUGGGGGAAAUCCACUCCAGACGUUAUAUAAUAAUAACACCCCAGCUCCAUUCUCAGCUCCAGCUCCAACCCCAUCCCCAGUUCCAUCCCCAGCCCCAGCCCUAUCUCCAGCCCUAGCUCCAGCUCCAGUCCUAGCCCUAGCUCCAGACCUAGCUCCAGCCCCAGCCCUAUCUCCAGCCCUAGCUCCAGCCCCAGCCCCAGCCCUAGCUCCAGCCCCAGCCCUAUCUCCAGCCCUAUCUCCAGCCCUAGCUCCAGCUCCAGUCCUAGCCCCAGCUCCAUCCCCAGCUCCAGACCUAGCUCCAGCCCUAGCCCUAUCUCCAGACCUAGCUCCAGCCCCAGCCCUAUCUCCAGCCCUAUCUCCAGCCCUAGCUCCAGCCCCAGCCCUAGCUCCAGACCUAGCUCCAGCCCCAGCCCUAUCUCCAGCCCUAUCUCCAGCCCUAGCUCCAGCCCCAGCCCUAGCUUCAGACCUAGCUCCAGCCCCAGCCCUAGCUCCAGCCCUAGCUCCAACCCUAGCCCUAGCUCCAGCUCCAGUCCCAGCCCUAUCUCCAGACCUAGCUCCAGCCCCAGCUCCAGACCUAGCUCCAGUCCCAGCCCUAUCUCCAGACCUAGCUCCAGCCCCAGCCCUAGCUCCAGCCCCAGACCUAGCUCCAGCCCUAGCCCUAGCUCCAGACCUAGCUCCAGCCCCAGCCCUAUCUCCAGCCCUAGCUCCAGCCCCAGCCCUAGCUCCAGACCUAGCUCCAGCCCCAGCCCUAGCUCCAGCCCUAGCUCCAACCCUAGCCCUAGCUCCAGCUCCAGCCCUAGCCCUAGCUCCAGCCCCAGACCUAGCUCCAGCCCCAGCCCUAGCUCCAGCUCCAGCCCCAGCCCUAGCUCCAGACCUAGCUCCAGCCCCAGCCCUAUCUCCAGCCCUAGCUCCAGCCCCAGCCCUAGCUCCAGACCUAGCUCCAGCCCCAGCCCUAGCUCCAGCCCUAGCUCCAACCCUAGCCCUAGCUCCAGCUCCAGUCCCAGCCCUAUCUCCAGACCUAGCUCCAGCCCCAGCCCUAGCUCCAGCCCCAGACCUAGCUCCAGCCCCAGCCCUAGCUCCAGCUCCAGUCCCAGCCCUAGCUCCAGCCCUAGCCCUAGCUCCAGCUCUAACCCCAGCCCUAGCUCCAGCUCCAGUCCCAGCCCUAGCUCCAGCCCUAGCCCUAGCCCUAGCUCCAGCUCCAGCUCCAGCCCUAGCUCCAGCCCUAGCUCCAGCCCCAGCCCUAGCUCCAGCUCUAACCCCAGCCCUAGCUCCAGCUCCUUACAUCUCCACUUGUCCCCAGCUCAGUCCCGUGGCUCCUACCUCUUUGGGAGGAAGCGGUCCAGCACAAACAGCCUGUCUGCCACCGCCUGAUAAGGAACAGGAACAGGAAGUGAUGCGAUGGGUUGGGAGAGGGAAACUUCCUGUCUCAAUGGAAAUAGAAACAGGAGCUCCAAAUCAGAGCAAAAUAACGAGGGGUGAUAAAUAACGAGUUAAACAAAGGAGAGUUGAUUGAACAGAGGAUGAACAGAACAGAGGGACAGAGAGAUAAAUGCUAGCCAGAGAAAGAAUGGGGGAAGAUAGGGAAAGACCAAGACAGGGACAGAGAGCGAGAAAGAAAGGAGCUAAAGGAGUGUGUUAAGGGGGGAAGUGGGAGGGAGAGAGAGAGAAAGCAGACAUGCUAAAACAACAUCCCCCAGGACAGGUGGAGUUUCUCUCAGGGAUGUAUCUGCUCUCCUCCAUCUUCGUCUUGCUCUCUCCCUCACACACACACACACACACACUCACACACACACACACACACACACACACACACACACACGCACACACACAAACUAUCAGUACUCUCUGAGAGGCUGGAGGACAGCAGCUUGUGUCUAGUUAAUCAACAAAGUGAUCGGCCAUGUGCCCCAACCCUGCAGGAGGGGAAAGACAGAGUGGAGCGGGAGAGAAAACAGAGAGAUAUCCCAUAACACAAAGAGACUGUCUGAGAGUGAUAGCAAAAGAAAGAGGAAACUAGAGAGGGAUUGAAUUAGAAAGAAAGAAACAAAAAGUUAGAAAGAAAGAAAGAAAGAAAGACAGACACAGAGACAGACACAGAGACAGAGACUGAGAGAGGCAGAGAGAUAUCCAGUGUGUACCCGACCCAGCCAGAACCAGCCCUGCUCCCCUCCUCUGGCCCGUCCGGUGGAAUCGGGAAGAGAGAGAGAUCACCCCCCUGCUCUCCGCCCCUCCCUGUGGAGCCCAAACAUUGAGACCAGGCAGGAGGCUUUCCGGCUGCCACUCGCCCAUAGCUCUGGCUCUAAACAAACUAAACAGAACUGUGAUACUCCAUAACUAAACUCCACUCUAACUCUGGCUGGAAACAUAACUAAACUCCACUCUAACUCUGGCUGGAAACAUAACUAAACUCUACUCUAGCUCUGGCUGGAAACAUAACUAAACUCUACUCUAGCUCUGGCUGGAAACAUAACUAAACUCCACUCUAGCUCUGGCUGGAAACAUAACUAAACUCCACUCUGGCUCUGGCUGGAAACAUAACUAAACUCCACUCUAACUCUGGCUGGAAACAUAACUAAACUCCACUCUAGCUUUGGCAGGAAACAUAACUAAACUCCACUCUAGCUUUGGCAGGAAACAUAACUAAACUCCACUCUAGCUCUUGCUGGAAACGUAACUAAACUCCACUCUUACUCUGGCUGGAAACAUAACUAAACUCCACUCUGCUCUGGCAGGAAACAUAACUAAACUCACUCUAGCUCUGGCUGGAAACAUAACUAAUCCACUCCUGCGGAAUACUAACUUUAGCUUUGGCAGGAAACAUAACUAAACUCCACUCUAGCUCUUGCUGGAAACAUAACUAAACUCCACUCUAGCUCUGCUGGAAAAUAACUAAACUCUUCUAGCUCUGGCUGGAAACAUAACUAAACUCCACUCUAGCUCUGGCUGGAACAUACUAAACUCCACUCUAGCUCUGCUGGAAACAUAACUAAACUCCACUUAGCUCUGGCUGGAAACAUAACUAAACUCCACUUCUAGCUCUGGCUGGUAAAUAUACUAAACUCUACUCUAGCUCUGGCUGGAAACAUAACUAAACUCUUCUGUAGCUCUGGCUGGAAACAUAACUAAACUCCAUUCUAGCUCUGGCUGGUAAUAUGACUAAACUCUACUCUAGCUCUGGCUGGAAACAUAACUAAACUCUUCUGUAGCUCUGGCUGGAAACAUAACUAAACUCCAUUCUAGCUCUGGCUGGAAACAUAACUAAACUCCAUUCUAGCUCUGGCUGGAAACAUAACUAAACUUUACUCUAGCUCUGGCUGGAAACAUAACUAAACUCCAUUCUAGCUCUGGCUGGAAACAUAACUAAACUCCACUCUAGCACUGGCUGGAAACAUAACUAAACUCCACUCUAACUCUGGCUGGUAACAUAACUCCAUUCUAUCUCUGGCUGGAAACAUAACUAAACUCCACUCUAGCUCUGGCUGGUAAUAUGACUAAACUCUACUCUAGCUCUGGCUGGAAACAUAACUAAACUCUUCUGUAGCUCUUGCUGGAAACAUAACUAAACUCCAUUCUAGCUCUGGCUGGAAACAUAACUAAACUCCAUUCUAACUCUGGCUGGAAACAUAACUAAACUCUUCUGUAGCUCUGGAUGAAAACAUAACUAAACUUCACUCUAGCUCUGGCUGAAAACAUAACUAAACUCCACUCUAGCUCUGGCUGGAAACAUAACUAAACUCCACUCUAGCUCUGGCUGGAAACAUAACUAAACUCCACUCUAGCUCUGGCUGGAAACAUAACUAAACUCCACUCUAGCUCUGGCUGGAAACAUAACUAAACUCCACUCUAGCUCUGGCUGGAAACAUAACUAAACUCCACUAGCUCUGGCUAGUAAUAUGACUAAACUCUACUCUGGCUGGAAACAUAACUAAACUCCACUCUGGCUCUGGCUGGAAACAUAACUAAACUUCACUAUGGUUCUGGCUGGAAACAAACUGAAACACAACUAAACAGAACUAUAAUACUGUAAUCCUUCCUUUGGUCAACAUACGCCCCCUGCUGGUUCAGAUAGGUACUGACUAAAUCACUGGACCUGAUGAAAGAGUGACAAUUCAAACUGAUGUGAAUAGAUGUAACAUUUGAUUGUCCAGUCAGUAAUGUUCUAUUGUCUCUGUUAUAUAUAUUGUUCCUUUAUUGCAUUGUCCUGUCCAGUAUCACAGUAAAGGAUGUGAAGGCCCUGUUACCUCAGAUCAACUACAGAGUCCCCAACAUGCGCUUCCUCAAAGACAAGCUACAGGUAAUAGAUGAUAGAUAUACCCAGGCAUGUACAGGCUGCCACAGUUUAAAGGAGAGGAUUUGGACAUGUAAUAACUUGUGUACUUCCUCUCUGGACAGGAAGUGGAAGCCAGGUGUGAUCUCUCCUUCCCUCACUUUUCUCAGCUCUACAGAACAUUGAUGUUCGACGCACAGAGGAGUGUGAGUAUUAGAAAACAUGCAUACACACACACACGCUCGUGCACACACACACACUCACAUACAUACACAUACACCUCACCUUGCUCUCCCUCUGUUCCCUCAGAUCAUUGAGCAGCUGGAGCUCUCCUUCCCCCUCCGGUGAGUCCCUCCUCCUCCUCCUAUUGUCCCUAUGUGUCUUCCCAAAUCUCCUACAUUUCGUUGAUGUCUAUCCAUCUUCCUACCUCACAUUUCUUUUUUAUUCUCCUCUAUUCUCAACCCACUAAUUAGAGGUAACCUAUAUAUAUUAAGAGCGUCUGCUAAAUGACGUAAAUGUAAAUAUAAUAUUGUGCUGCCCUUUAAACAGUUUUGUGUGUGUGUGUGUGUGUGUGUGUGUAGGAACGUGGACAGACCAGAGCUGUGUCAGAUCUCUUUGUACGACUUCCAGAAGUUUCUACAGCUGGAUCAGAAGGUACUGGCACAUUUUCACAUGCUUCAUGGUUAACAUAUUACACAGUGCUGCUCAGUGAAACAGAUGCUGCUAGGCCUCCCGAGUGGCGCAGCGGUCUAAGGCACUGCAUCGCAGAGCUAGAGGCGUCACUACAGACCCGGGUUCGUUCCCAGGCUGUUUCACAACUGGCCGUGACCGGGAGUCCCAUAGGGCAGCGCACAAUUGGCCCAGCGUCGUCCGGGUUAGGGGAGGGUUUGGCCGCGGGGGCUUUACUUGGCUUGUCGUGCGCUAGCGACUCCUUGUGGCGGGCCGGGUGCCUGCAGGCUGACUUCGGUCGUCAGUUGAACAGUGUUUCCUCUGACACAUUGGUGCAGCUGGCUACCGGGUUAAGCGGGUGGGUGUUAAGAAGCACGGUUUGGCGGGUCAUGUUUCGGAGGACGCAUGACUCGACCUUCGCCUCUCCCGAGCCCGUUGGGAAGUUGCAGCGAUGAGACAAGAUCGUAAUUGGAUAUCAUGAAAAGGGGGGUAUAAAAAAUAAACAGAUACUGUUGUGGGCUGAGACCAUAGAGAUGUACUAGAGAGCUCAUCUUUGCACUAAUGGUUUAUGUGAUAGCAUGGACAGCGCCAUUGAGAGCUAUCUCCAUUUUAUUGUUCUCCAUUUUCUUCUUCUACUACUUCUAUGAGUUUAUUGAUAGUUUGUGGACAAACUGAAAGGGUGCAUUGCCACCAGGAGUGUGUUGUCUGAACAGGCAUCAGAAUCUCCUCCAUUUCUUUAAAUAAAAACUAAGAAGCUGUUCCGGGAAGAAGGUGUUCAGGUUGCAGGAGGUUUUGGUCAUGAUUGACCUGAACCGUUUGCCAGAGGGGAGUCUUUGGAAGAGGGGGUGACCGGGAUGUAAGGGGUCGGUGAUGAACUUUCCUGCACGCUUCCUUGUCCUGGAGUCGUGAAGGUCUACGAUGGAGGGCAGGUGGCAGCUGAUGACCCUCUCAGCAGCCGCACAAUCCGUUGCAGUUUACCCUUGGACCAGGCAGAGGCAUUCCUGAACCAGACAGUGAUCGAGGAGGUGAGGAGGGCUCGAUGAUGGCUGUGUAGAGUGAGAGUUUUAAUUUCUUCAGUUGACGCAAGAAGUACACCCACUGGUGUGCCUUUUUGGUGACCGCUGUGAUGUUGUCCUCCCACUUGAGGUUGUGGGAGAUGAUGGUCCCCAGGAAUUUGAAUGACUCAGCCGUACUUACAGCUGAGUCGUUGAUUUCAAGCUGUAAAUUCUUUGUGACUGCACCAGGCCACCAUCCGGUCAACCUCUCUUCGGUACAUGGACUCAUCACCAUUGGAGAUAAGGCCGACUAGGGUGGUGUCAUCUGCGAACUUGAGUAGCUUGACAGACAGGUCGUUGGAGGUGCAGUCGUUGGAUUAGAGUGAGUAGAGAAGAAAGGAGAGCAUGCAACCCUGCGGCGCUCCAGUGCUGAGGGACAGAGAGUCCAAGAGGUGUUUUCCCAGCUUCAUGUAUUGUGUCCUGUUGGACAGGAAGUUGUUGAUCCACCGACAGAUGGAGUCAGAUAACUUCGCACAAGUCCUUGGGUUGUCGAGGUGCUGAAGGAUGUAGUGGAGAUCCAUGUUGACAGCUUCAUCCACACACCUGUUGACUCUGUAGGCGAACUGCAGGGGGUCAAGGAGGGUGUCAGUGAAGGUUUUGAGGUGGGAUAGGAUAAGGCUAAGGUUGGUGAUUAACUGCCAUAUGGAAUGUUUGCUCAGGAGUAUAAUUCAUUGGUGAUCCCUCCUGAUGACCUGGAUGGAUUUCUGUGAUCCUUCCUUAACCCAUAGGAAGUCCCACCAAGUUGACUACAUCAACAUGGUGAGUCCUCAAUGGUGCUGCCCAUGCUAAAACAGGCUUUGUGGCAAAUGAGCCCUCUAUCCAACUCUAUGGCUGAGACAUUGGAUGGAGGGAUAGAGGGUCGCAUGUUGAUGAUGUCAUGAUCCUGUGACACAUGCAGGAGUCAUGGGCGUCGGACAUGAGCCGCGUCAGAGAGUUCCUAAUGGGCUACCUGAGGGGUGGAGCACAGACCGAACCUAUGCUACAGCUAGAUGAGGUGAGACACACACACCCACGCACACACACACCACUCUCUCUCUCUCCCUGGUCUGCUCAUCCUCUAAUGUUCUCUGUUCAGUUCCUGACGUUCCUGUACUCCAAGGAGAACUCAUUGUGUGACCCUCGACCUGCUGCUGUUGUCUCUGACGAUAUGAAGAGACCCCUGUCUCAGUACUGGAUCUCCUCAUCACACAACACGUAGGGUCACACCUCUAUACCUCUACCUCUAUUUCUCUGUCUCUCUCCACCUCUAACUUUCUCUACCUCUCUGUCUCUCUAUACCUCUACCACUCUCAACCUCUCUCUCUCUCUCCACCUCUGCUUCUCUCUACCUCUCUGUCUCUCUAUACCUCUACCACUCUCAACCUCUCUCUCUCCACCUAUACCUCUCUCUCUCUCUCCACCUCUAACUCUCUCUACCUCUCUGUUUCUCUAUACCUCUACCUCUCUCUACCUCUCUACCUCUCUCUACCUCUACCUCUCUCUACCUCUGUCUCUCUCCACCUCUACCUCUCUCUCUCUCUCCACCUCUAACUCUCUCUACCUCUCUGUCUCUCUAUACCUCUACCACUCUCAACCUCUCUCUCUCCCACCUCUAACUCUCUCUACCUCUCUGUUUCUCUAUACCUCUACCUCUCUCUACCUCUCUACCUCUCUCUACCUCUAUCUCUCUCUUGCUCUCUCUCUCUCCACCUCUACCUCUCUCUACCUCUCUGUCUCUCUCCACCUCUACCUCUCUCUACCUCUCUCUACCUCUCUGUCUCUCUACCUCUAUCUCUCUCUUGCUCUCUGUCUCUCUCCACCUCUACCUCUCUCUACCUCUAUCUCUCUACCUCUACCUCUCUCUACCUCUCUGUCUCUCUCCACCUCUACCUCUCUACCUCUCUGUCUCUCUACCUCUAUCUCUCUCUUGCUCUCUGUCUCUCUCUCAAAUUCCAUCAUUCAUACUGCUCAUUCCAUCUUCCAUGUAACUCUCUCUCCCUCUUCACUUCCUUUCCUAUCGUCCUCUCUCUCCCUCCCUCUUCCUCAUUCUCUCCAUCCCCCCUCUCCACCUCUCUCUCCCUCUCCCUUUCUCCAUCUUCUCUCUCAGGUAUCUGACAGGUGAUCAGUUCUCCAGUGAGUCAUCUCUAGAGGCCUACGCUCGCUGCCUAAGGAUGGGCUGUCGCUGCAUAGAACGUAAGACACUUCAUCCUCUCUAACUCCCUCCAUCUCUCUUUCUCAAUUCAAUUAUAUUCAAAAUGCUUUAUUGGCAUGACAAAACAUGUUUUAUUGCUAAAGCAACAACACACAAGAAUAAAGCAUGCAGGAACAUUCAAGGCAACUAUUGAUCAAAUCUAACCUUGACCUUGCUCUGUGUGUAAACAUUGUUUCAGUUGAUUGCUGGGAUGGGCCCGAUGACCUGCCAAUCAUCUACCAUGGCCACACCCUCACCUCCAAGAUCAAAUUCCUGGACGUGCUGCACACCAUCAAAGAGCAUGCCUUUGUCACGUCAGAGUGAGUAGACACACACACACAAACACACACACACACACACACUCAUUCACUCACUCACUCAAUCACUCACUGUCUCUCUUUAACGUGUGUGUGUGUCUUACGUGCGUGUUUGUAUCUGUAUCUCUAGGUACCCAGUGAUCCUGUCCAUAGAGGACCACUGUAGUGUGGUCCAACAAAGGAACAUGGCUACUCACUUUAAGAAGGUGUUUGGGGAUCUGCUGCUGACCAAACCAGUGGAUCUGAAUGCAGAUGAGCUGCCAUCGCCCUACCAGCUACGCAGGAAGAUACUCAUCAAGGUGACUGAACGACCGCGCGGUCAAACACACUGACCAUAACAUGACCAUGCCAAGUCUAUGGGCUGUGUCUGACAUGGCUCUCUGAAAUGGUUAUAGGGCCUCUGGUCAAAAGACUACUAUAGGGAAUAGUAUGCCAUUUCAGACACAAUACUGACCCAAAGUCAACCAUUAGUCAACCUAAACUAAACCGUGUGUGUGUGUGUUUCAGCAUAAGAAACUAGUGGAGGGCACUCUGUAUGAAGAGGUGACGUCAGCCAGCUACUCUGAGAGUGACAUCAGUAACUCCCUCAGGAAUGGCAUUCUCUACCUGGAAGACCCCAUAGACCACGUGAGUGUGUGUGUGAAUAUGUGUGUAUGCGACAUGUAUGUGCAUACAGUAGGUGUGUGUGUGUGUGAUCAUUUGUAUGUUGCUUACUCGUGUGUGUGUGUGUGUGUGUGUGUUUCAGACGUGGACUCCCCACUACUUUGUUCUGAGCAGUAAUAAGAUCUACUACUCAGAGGAGACCUCUCACUACCAGACUGCCGAGGAAGAGGAGGAGGAGGAGAUGGAAGAGGAGGGGGGGAAAGAGGUGAGAGGGGUGGUUACAAAAGUGAGUGGAACAGACAAUGCUUGCUCAUACCUUAUUUAACUGUCCUGUUUGGUCAUAUUUGGUAACAACAUACUUUCCUUGACCUACUUGAAAGAAUUCAACACACUUGAAUGAUCUUCGAUGGGAGGAAAGAAACCUAAAUGUAAUUGUAAGGUAAUUGUUAGGUAAUUACUAUUUUACCAUGUAAUUUCUAACUACAGUAGUUACUAGGUAAAUAGCAGGAUGUAGAAUUAAGUGGAACGGAAUGUUUUAUAAUUUGCAUUUCUAAUCUCUCUCUCUCGAGAUCUCUAGGAGAGUCGAUAUAGAGCUAGAGGAGAAGAGAGAGUAGAGAGAUGGAGAGAAGAGCGAGAGAAAAAGACCAAAAUCUCUCCCCCUUCCCUUCCCCUCUCUGACCUCCCCCUAUCCCUCCCUCCCUCCUCCCUCUCUCUCCCUCUCUCCCUCCCCCCCCCCUCCUUCUCCUCUCUCUCCCCCCCAUCUAGGAGUGUAACAACAAUGAGCAACACUGUGCGGAGCGCUGGUUCCAUGGGAAGCUGGGAGGGGGGCGGGAUGGGAGGCAGGUUGCCGAGAAACUGCUGCAGGAGUACUGUGAGGGCGGGGGCAAGGAUGGGACCUUCCUGGUUCGAGAGAGUGAGACCUUCGUAGGAGACUACACUCUCUCCUUCUGGUCAGUCACCUAUCUAUCCUUCAUCUCUCUAUCCAUCCCUUCCUCUCUAUGUCUCUAUGCUGGUCCUCUCUAUGCUGGUCCUCUCUGUGCUGGUCCUCUGUAUGCUAGUCCUCGCUAUGUUGGUCCUCUCUAUGCUGGUCAUCUCUAUGUCUCUAUGCUGGUCCUCUUUAUGCUGGUCCUCUCUAUGCUGGUCCUCUCUAUGCUUGUCCUCUCUGUGCUGGUCCUCUUUAUGCUUGUCCUCUCUAUGCUGGUCCUCUUUAUGCUGGUCCUCUCUAUGCUGGAGCUCUCUAUGCUGGUCCUCUCUAUGUCUCUAUACUGGUCCUCUCUAUGCUGGUCCUCUUUAUGCUGGUCCUCUCUAUGCUGGUCCUCUUUAUGCUGGUCAUCUCUAUGCUGGUCCUCUCUAUGCUGGUCCUCUUUAUGCUGGUCCCCUCUAUGCUGGUCUUCUCUAUGCUGGUCCUCUCUAUGUCUCUAUGCUGGUCCUCUUUAUGCUGGUCCUCUCUAUGCUGGUCCUCUCUAUAUCUCUAUGCUGGUCCUCUCUAUGCUGGUCCUCUCUAUACUGGUCCUCUCUAUGUUGGUAAUCUAUGCUGGUCCUCUCUAUGCUGGUCCUCUCUAUGCCGGUCCUCUCUAUGCUGGUCUUCUUUAUGCUGGUCCUCUCAAUGUCUAUAUACUGGUCCUCUCUAUGUCUCUAUACUGGUCCUCUCUAUGCUGGUCCUCUCUAUGCUGGUCCUCUCUAUGUCUCUAUACUGGUCCUCUCUAUGCUGGUCCUCUUUAUGCUGGUCCUCUCUAUGCUAGUCCUCUCUAUGCUGGUCCUCUUUAUGCUGGUCCUCUCUAUGCUGGUCCUCUCUAUGUCUCUAUGCUGGUCCUCUCUAUGCUGAUCCUCUCUAUGCUGGUCCUCUCUAUGCUGGUCCUCUCUAUGUCUCUAUGCUGGUCCUCUUUAUGCUGGUCCUCUUUAUGCUGGUCCUCUCUAUGCUGGUCCUCUCUAUUCUGGUCCUCUCUAUGCUGGUCCUCUCUGUGCUCAAAACUUGAGACAUCUGUGGCAUUGUGUUGUGUGACAAAACAGCACAUUUUAGAGUGGCCUUUUAUUGUCCCCAGCACAAUGUGCACCUGUGUAAUGGCAAUGCUGUUUAAUCAGCUUCUUGAUAUGCCACACCUGUCAGGUGGAUGGAUUAUCUUGGCAAAGGAGAAAUGUUCACUAACAGGGAUGUAAACAAAUGUGUGCACACAAUUUGAGAGAAAUAAGCUGUUUGUGCGUAUGGAACAUUUUGGGAUCCUUUAUUUCAGCUCAUGAAACAUGGGACCAACACUUUACAUGUUGCAUUUAUAUUUUUGUUCAGUAUAGUACACUAAAUAGGGAGUAGGGUGCCAUUUGGGACCUUGUUGGUCCCCAGGACAUAAUGUCAUGUGUGGGCCCUUCCAUCUUGAUUGACACCUGUGGCCCCUCCCCUCCAGGCGAUCUGGGCGUGUGCAGCACUGUAGGAUCCACUCCCGCCAGGAGUCUGGCUCCACCCGCUACUACCUGACUGACAACUUGGUGUUUGACAGCCUGUAUAGACUCAUCUGCCACUACAGAGACACUCCCCUACGCUGCAACGAGUUUGAGAUGAGGCUGGGCAGCCCUGUACCACAGCCCAACGCACACGAGAGCAGAGAGUAAGAGGGGAGGGGGUUGGGGGUGGGGGUGUGAGAGAGAAAGAGAGAAAGAGAGAAAGAAAGAGUGUUAAUGUGUUAUUAUAAACUGGGUGGUUCGAGCCCUGAAUGCUGAUUGGCUGACAGCCGUGGUGUAUCAGACCGUAUAACACAGGUAUGACAAAACAUUUAUUUUUACUGCUCUAAUUACAUUGGUAACCAGUUUAUAAUAGCAAUAAGAACCUCGGGGGUUUGUGGUAUAUUGCCAAUAUACCACAGCUAAGGGCUGUGUCCAGGCACUCCGCGUUGCGUCGUGAUGCAGUGGGAAAAAAGUAUUUGAUCCCCUGCUGAUUUUGUACAUUUGCCCACUGACAAAGACAUCAGUAUAGAUCAGUCUAUAAUUUUAAUGGUAGGUUUAUUUGAACAGUGAGAGACAGAAUAACAACAACAAAAUCCAGAAAAAUGCAUGUCAAAAAUGUUAUAAAUUGAUUUGCAUUUUAAUGAGGGAAAUAAGUAUUUGAUCCCUCUGCAUAACAUUACUUAGUACUUGGUGGCAAAACCCUUGUUGGCAAUCACAGAGGUCAGACGUUUCUUGUAGUUGGCCACCAGGUUUGCACACAUCUCAGGAGGGAUUUUGUCCCACUCCUCUUUGCAGAUCUUCUCCAAGUCAUUAAGGUUUCGAGCCUGAUGUUUGGCAACUCAAACCUUCAGCUCCCUCCACUCCAGGACCUUAAUGUGCUUCUUCUUGAGCCACUCCUUUGUUGCCUUGGCCAUGUGUUUUGGGUCAUUGUCAUGCUGGAAUACCCAUCCACAACCCAUUAUCAAUGCCCUGGCUGAGGGAAGGAGGUUCUCACCCAAGAUUUGACGGUACAUGGCCCCGUCCAUCGUCCCUUUGAUGCGGUGAAGUUGUCCUGUCCCCUUAGCAGAAAAACACCCCCAAAGCAUAAUGUUUCCACCUCCAUGUUUGACGGUGGGGAUGGUGUUCUUGGGGUCAUAGGCAGCAUUCCUCCUCCUCCAAACACGGCGAGUUGAGUUGAUGCCAAAGAGCUCCAUUUUGGUCUCAUCUGACCACAACACUUUCACCCAGUUCUCCUCUGAAUCAUUCAGAUAUUCAUUGACAAACUUCAGACGGGCCUGUAUAUGUGCUUUCUUGAGCAGGGGGACCUUGCGGGCGCUGCAGAAUUUCAGUCCUUCACGGCGUAGUGUGUUACCAAUUGUUUUCUUGGUGACUAUGGUCCCAGCUGCCUUGAGAUCAUUGACAAGAUCCUCCCGUGUAGUUCUGGGCUGAUUCCUCACCGUUCUCAUGAUCAUUGCAACUCCACGAGGUGAGAUCUUGCAUGGAGUCCCAGGCCGAGGGAGAUUGACAGUUCUUUUGUGUUUCUUCCAUUUGCGAAUAAUCGCACCAACUGUUGUCACCUUCUCACCAAGCUGCUUGGCGAUGGUCUUGUAGCCCAUUCCAGCCUUGUGUAGGUCUACAAUCUUGUCCCUGACAUCCUUGGAGAGCUCUUUGGUCUUGGCCAUGGUGGAGAGUUUGGAAUCUGAUUGAUUGCUUCUGUGGACAGGUGUCUUUUUAUAAAGGUAACAAGCUGAGAUUAGGAGCACUCCCUUUAAGAGUGUGCUCCUAAUCUCAGCUCGUUACCUGUAUAAAAGACACCUGGGAGCCAGAAAUCUUUCUGAUUGAGAGGGGGUCAAAUACUUAUUUCCCUCAUUAAAAUGCAAAUCAAUUUAUAACAUUUUUGACAUGCGUUUUGACAUGGGAUUUUUUUGUUGUUAUUCUGUCUCUCACUGUUCAAAUAAACCUACCAUUAAAAUUAUAGACUGAUCAUUUCUUUGUCAGUGGGCAAACGUACAAAAUCAGCAGGGGAUCAAAUACUUUUUUCCCUCACUGUAUGAACAGUCAUUAGCCGUGGUAUAUUGGCCAUAUACCACACCCCCUCGGGCCUUAUUGCUUAAGUAACACACAUGUUGUGUUUCCCAUGUUCACACACACACACACACACCAGUGGAGGCUGCUGAGGGGAGGACAGCUCAAAGUAAUGGCUGGAACGGAGCAAAUGGAAUGGCAUCAAACACAUAGAAACCAUGUGUUUGAUGUAUUUGAUACCAUUCCACCUAUUCCACUCCAGUCAUUACCACGAGCCCGUCCUCCCCAAUUAAGGUGACACCAACCUCCUGUGACACACACAUGCCCUCGUACACGCACACACACGUCCUCGUACACACACACGCCCUCGUACACACACAUGCCCUCCUACACACACGCCCUCAUACACACACACGCCCUCGUACACACACACACACCCUCGUACACACGCCCUCGUACACACACACGCCCUCAUACACACACAUACAGACACGUGAGUACUCUGUGUAUGCUGUGUUUAGGUGGUUCCACUCCAGUCUGUCUCGUGUCCAGGCUGAACACAUGUUGAUGAGGGUACCCAGAGACGGAGCCUACCUGCUCCGCAAACGCAGCGACAUCAACUCCUAUGCUAUCUCCUUCAGGUAACACACACACACACAUGCAUACACACACACACACACACACACAUACACACAUACAAACAUACACAGAAAAACAAACACUGUUAAAUUAUAUUCAAAUAAAAUAAAAAAUUUGUUUUUCACAUGCUUCGUAGACAGCAGGUGUAGACUAACAGUGAAAUGCUGACUUAUGGGUCCUUUUCCAACAAUGCAGAGUUAAAGAGAAGAUAAAAUAGAAAAUAGACACAGUGAAUAACGAAUAAAAAUAAAGAGUAAAAAUAACGUGGCUAUAUACAGGGAGUAGAAAAUAACAUGGUUAUAUACAGGGAGUAGAAAAUAACAUGGUUAUAUACAGGGAGUAGAAAAUAACAUGGCUAUAUACAGGGAGUAGAAAAUAACAUGGUUAUAUACAGGGAGUAGAAAAUAACAUGGUUAUAUACAGGGAGUAGAAAAUAACAUAGCUAUAUACAGGGAGUAGAAAAUAACAUGACAAUAUACAGGGAGUAGAAAAUAACAUGGCUAUAUACAGGGAGUAGAAAAUAACAUGGUUAUAUACAGGGAGUAGAAAAUAACAUGGUUAUAUACAGGGAGUAGAAAAUAACAUGACAAUAUACAGGGAGUAGAAAAUAACAUGGUUAUAUACAGGGAGUAGAAAAUAACAUGACAAUAUACAGGGAGUAGAAAAUAACAUGAUUAUAAACAGGGAGUAGAAAAUAACAUGGCUAUAUACAGUGAGUAGAAAAUAACAUGACAAUAUACAGGGAGUAGAAAAUAACAUGGCUAUAUACAGGGAGUAGAAAAUAACAUGGUUAUAUACAGGGAGUAGAAAAUAACAUGGUUAUAUACAGGGAGUAGAAAAUAACAUGGCUAUAUACAGGGAGUAGAAAAUAACAUGGUUAUAUACAGGGAGUAGAAAAUAACAUGACAAUAUACAGGGAGUAGAAAAUAACAUGGUUAUAUACAGGGAGUAGAAAAUAACAUGACAAUAUACAGGGAGUAGAAAAUAACAUGGCUAUAUACAGGGAGUAGAAAAUAACAUGGUUAUAUACAGGGAGUAGAAAAUAACAUGGUUAUAUACAGGGAGUAGAAAAUAACAUGGUUAUAUACAGGGAGUAGAAAAUAACAUGGUUAUAUACAGGGAGUAGAAAAUAACAUGGUUAUAUACAGGGAGUAGAAAAUAACAUGGCUAUAUACAGGGAGUAGAAAAUAACAUGACUAUAUACAGGGAGUAGAAAAUAACAUGACUAUAUACAGGGAGUAGAAAAUAACAUGGCUAUAUACAGGGAGUAGAAAAUAACAUGGUUAUAUACAGGGAGUAGAAAAUAACAUGGCUAUAUACAGGGAGUAGAAAAUAACAUGGUUAUAUACAGGGAGUAGAAAAUAACAUGGCUAUAUACAGGGAGUAGAAAAUAACAUGACUAUAUACAGGGAGUAGAAAAUAACAUGACUAUAUACAGGGAGUAGAAAAUAACAUGGCUAUAUACAGGGAGUAGAAAAUAACAUGGUUAUAUACAGGGAGUAGAAAAUAACAUGGUUAUAUACAGGGAGUAGAAAAUAACAUGGCUAUAUACAGGGAGUAGAAAAUAACAUGGUUAUAUACAGGGAGUAGAAAAUAACAUGGCUAUAUACAGGGAGUAGAAAAUAACAUGGUUAUAUACAGGGAGUAGAAAAUAACAUGGUUAUAUACAGGGAGUAGAAAAUAACAUGGUUAUAUACAGGGAGUAGAAAAUAACAUGGUUAUAUACAGGGAGUAGAAAAUAACAUGGUUAUAUACAGGGAGUAGAAAAUAACAUGGCUAUAUACAGGGAGUAGAAAAUAACAUGGCUAUUAACAGAGAGUAGAAAAUAACAUGGUUAUAUACAGGGAGUACCAGUACCAAGUCGAUGUGCAGGGGUAGGAGGUAAUUGAGGUAGAUAUGUACUGUAAAUACAGUGCAUUCAGAAAGUAUUCAGACCGGUUCACUUUUUCCACAUUUUGUUACGUUACAGCCUUAUUCUAAAAUGAAUUAAAUAAAACAAAUUCCUCAUCAAUCUACACACAAUACCCCAUAAUGACAAAGCGAAAACAGUUUUUUUGAAAUGUUUGCAAAUAUAUUUAAAAAACAAACAGAAAUACCUUAUUUACAGAAGUAUUCAGACCCUUUGCUAUGAGACUCGAAAUUGAGCUCAGGUGCAUCCUGUUUCCAUUGAUCACACUUGAGAUGUUUCUACAACUUGAUUGGAGUCCACCUGUGGUAAAUUCAAUUGAUUGGACAUGAUUUGGAAGGGCACACACCUGUCUAUAUAAGGUCCCACAGUUGACAGUGCAUGUCAGAGCAAAAACCAAGCCAUGAGGUCGAAGGAAUUGUCCGUAGAGCUCUGAGACAGGAUUAUGUCGAGGCACAGAUCUGGGGAAGGGUACCAAAAAAUGUCUGUAGCAUUGACGGUCCCCAAGAACAGCCAUCCAACCUGACAGAGCUUGAGAGAAUCUACAGAGAAGAAUGGGAGAAACUCCCUAAAUACAGGUGUGCCAAGCUUGUAGCGUCAUACUCAAGAAGACUCGAGGCUGUAAUCGCUGUCAAAGGUGCUUCAACAAAGUACUGAGUAAAGGGUCUGAAUACUUAUGUAAAUAUGAUAUUUCCGUUUUUUAUUUCUAAUGAAUUUGCAAGAAAAUCUAAAAACCUGUUUUUGCUUUGUCAUUAUGGGGUAUUGUGUGUAGAUUGAUGAGAAAAAACCCACAAUUUAAUCCAUUGUAGAAUAAGGCUAUAACGUAACGAAAUGUAGAAAAAGUCAAGCGGUCUGAAUACUUUCCGAAUGCACUGUAUAGGUAGUUUAUAGCAGCAGUGUAUGUGGUAAGUGUGUGUGUGGCGUCACUAUGCAUGUGUGUGCAUGUUAUGUGUGGGCGUAUGUAUUGUAUGUGUAUGUGUGUGUUGGGGUGUCAGUGUAAGUAUGUGUGAGUGUGUGGGUAGAGUCUAGUGUGUGUGCAUAGAGUCAGUGCAAGAGAGUUAGUGCAUAAAAGGGUCAAUGCAGGUAGUCAGGAUAGCCAUUUGAUUAGCCAUUUAGCAGUCUUCUUUAGCAAUCUUAUGGCUUGGGGGUAGAAGCUGUUCAGGGUCCUUUUGGUUCCAGACUGGUACCGCUUGCCGUGCGGUAGCAGAGAGAAAAGUUUGUGGCUUGGGUGGCUGGAGUCUUUGACCAUUUAUUGGGCCUUCCUCUGACACCGCCUGGUAUAGAGGUCCUGGAUGGCUGGGAGCUCAGCCCAAGUGAUGUACUGGGCCGUACGCACUACCCUCUGUAGCGCCUUGCGGUCAGAUGCCAAGCAGUUGCCAUACCAAGCGGUGACGCGGCCAGUCAAGAUGCUCUCGUGGUGCAGCUGUAUAACUUUUUGAGGAUCUGAGGGCCCAUUCCAAAUAUUUUAUUUUGCACUACACUACAAAUCUCUGACCUUCCACCCCUCUCUCUCUGUCAACUCCCCUCUCCCCUCCGUCUCUACUCUCUCUCCUCUCUCUCCUCUCUCUCUCUCGCCCCCCUCUCUCCCCCUCUUCCCUCCCCCUCUCUCUCCCUUUCCCUGUCCACUCCCCCCUCUCUCUCUCUCCCCUCCCUCCCUUCCCCCUGUCUCUCUCCAUAGGGCGGAGGGUAAGAUCAAACACUGUCGUAUCCAGCAGGAGGGACGAAUGUUCAUGUUGGGUAGCUCAGCAGAGUUUGAGAGUCUGGUUGACCUGGUCAGCUACUAUGAGAAACACCCCCUGUACCGCAAGAUGAGGCUGCGCUACCCCAUCAACGAAGACACACUGGACCGCAUGGGCACCACGGUAACACACACACACAGCACUUCAAAACACUGUCCAGAGCCCUUGAAUGUGUGCAUUUUCAGAUCUGAUUUAUUAUAUAAUUACGUAUCCCUAUAUCUCUCUCUAUUCAGGAGCUAGACUAUGGAGCGUUGUAUGAAGUCAGGACCCCACAUUUCUACGUCGAGGCCAACAAGAUGCCCACGGCUCGGGUAAGUGAAAUAUUAUAUUCUGUGUGUGUGUGUGUGUGUGUGUGUGUGUGUGUGUGUGUGAGAGAGAGAGAGAGAGAGAGAGAGUAAAAGUGACAUUUGUAGGUUUGGGCAUGCCUGUGUUUGGUGUGUGCCAAUGACAUACUUUAUGAUAUGGGCAGUAGCGGAAAAGUUGUGGUCAUUGAUGUUGAAGUUGUGGUCAUUAAUGUUGAAGUUGUGGUCAUUAAUGUUGAAGUUAUGAUCAUUAAUGUUCAAGUUGUGGUCAUUCAUGUUUGACUUGUGAUCUUUAGCAGUUGGUUGUGUUGUGGUACGGUAGAGGUCUUCACGGGUCCAAAAAGAGUCCCGAUAUGCUUAAAUAUUUUAUUUAAAAUAUAAAGAGCCGUUCCGAACGGACCCGAAGACAACUAGACCCGUUCUGUAUAGACCUGGUCGGAUCCAGAUCCAGUCCGAUCCGAUCUGAGUGAUGCAAGCAGCAGAAAAGUCAUUUUUUAAGCUACUUUAUUGUAAUGACCCAGCUGGGUCAUAAAGUAAAAGAGAGACAGGCACCAGGUGUACAGGCAGAACACAGGUUUAUUCCUGAAUGGGCUAUUGUUCAGGCCACAGCCCACGCCGCUAAACCUCGAACAUACACAAAUAUAACAUGUCAAGUCAAGGGUCCCAAAACAGAAGAGAGAGAGAUGAGACCGUAACCCCUAUUUAAGCAUUCCAAAACCCCGCGGGAUUACCCAUCAAACCCCCCAACCUUUCCAUCUGUCCUGGCAUAUUUAACCCCUGCUAGCACCCAUGAGAACGAUAACACACCCACGAACACAGAACACAAUACCGGGUCGUUACAUUAUUAACCAGAGCUGAUAAAGCGCGAUAGGAGGGAGAGGUGCCGUGAGCGAGUGACACGGGGAGCAGGGAGGGAGAGACGAAAGAUGAGAGACAGCAACCAACCAACAAGCCGACUCACACUAUAGUAGACUAAUAGCUGCCAUAGCUAGGUUAUUUAUCAUCCAAUAUGAUUACAUAGUAUCUGUCUUGACUGCAUCAAACCGGGAAAAGCUAGUAAGAUAGCAAACGUUAGCUAGCUAGGCUAAUUGAGGCUGCAGUGCAUGCGCUUUCUCAUCCUAACAUUAACUCCAUUCAGAAUAUUAAGUAGCAGGCUACCUGUUGGCUCUUGGUUGUUCCAUCUUCCAUUGAUUAGACAUCUCCUAACUUUUGCCACACAGAGGCUCUAUGACUGUAGCCUACUGCUGCUUUGAUGACUUCUGAUUGGCCAUCAACAACAAUAAGCUACACGCGCCACUCUCGUGAAAAGCAAGAGCAGCAGCAUAAAUUAUAAAAUGUCUCUCUGUCUACUGCAGCAGUCGCGUUCGGAUCUGUACGGGUCCUUCAGGAAAAGUCCGUUAAAAUGACACAUAUACGAGACCCGUGACAAUUAUAUCAGAUCCGACCCAGACCCGUGACAUUAUUUAGAAGUAUGGAUCAGGAUGCGCUCGGGUCCCAGAUCGGGUCUCGGGUAUUCGGGUACAGGUGGUUCCAUGAAGAUAUCUAGUGUACGGUCAAGUCACUGUAUGAUUUAGUGUUUGUGUUGGGGUCUUGUGUUGCAGUGUACGGUCAAGGCCCUGUAUGACUACAGAGCCCAGAGGGAAGACGAGCUGUGUUUCCCCAAACAGGCCCUCAUCCUAAGUGUGGACAAGCAGGAAGGAGGCUGGUGAGUGGAACAGGGUUUUCAUAUCUCCAUGGCACUUAAUUGAUUAGUCAAUGUCAUUGAUUAGCUAAAGAGUGCACACUCCUGGUCACCCCGGUUACGUUUCUGCAUGGAUGAAAACCACUGUGGGUUGAUGAAUGGAGUUGAUAAUAUAGCAUUUCUCUGAGUAGUUUUUAAAUCGUGGAUUUCCCUCCUCCGGCCCCUAGGUGGCGAGGUGAUUACGGAGGGAAGAAGCAGCUGUGGUUUCCUGCCAACUACGUAGAAGAAGUCCCCAACUCACCCGCCCGCGAGACAGGAGAUGAGGCAGUACGUUAUAGUAUAGGCAUACAUAGGCCAUACAUACACUCAUUCAUGCAUUCAUGAUAGACACAAACACACACUGUACUAUACACAAACACACAUGCCUUCUACAGCAGCUAGAGGGGAAUGAAGCUCACUUCAUGUCCUGACUUCCUGCUUCCUGUGUCUUUGACUUCCUGCUUCCAGUCUACAGAGAACAGUCCACUAGGAACAUUCCUCAAGGGCUUCAUUGAUGUGCCCACCUGCCACGUAGGUGAGUCUGUGUGUAACUGAUGUGCCAACCUGCCACGUAGGUGCGGCCCAGUGAGUGGUAGUGGUCUGUAUGUUUAACCCCCUAUUAUUCUAUCUGUGUAGUUUUACAGAAAUAAGAGUGGUGGUGUAUGUGUAAAGCUCUCUCUUGGCAGAGAUCGAGAGAGAGAGAGAGAGCGUAGUAUCGCUAUAGAUAGAGAGAGUAGUAGCUCUCUAGAGAGAGAGAGACGCUCGCAUCUCUCUAUCUCUCUCUAUUUCGAUCGUCUCUAGAGACUCUCUCUCUCUCUUCCUCUUCUCUCUCUCUCUCUCUCUCUCUGCUAUCUCUGUAGUGGUUCAGAAGGAUGGGAAGAGUUCCAGGCCAUAUGUGUUCACCAUCCACUCCCAGCAGAUGUCAAUUCACCCUGGCCAGGCGCUGGAUAUUGCUUCAGACACCCUGGAGGACCUGACCGGUUGGGUGGGGAAGAUCAGAGAGGCCACACAGAACGCAGACGCACGGGUUAGUACUGCAUCGCACACACAAGUACAAAUUACAGUUUUUCUCAAUUGCUAAAACACUAAACCCUAUUGUCUGAACCAAAUGCUCAGUUGCCUGAACCCACUGAUUGAAUCAAUCACUCUUUUGGCAAAACCAUAAGCACUUUUCACCUGUUUAGACAUAACUUGCCAACACAUUUUUCAUUGUGAUGCACCCGUGCUGCAUAAUGGUGAGCACAGGUGACAAAAGUCAAACACAAUUAGAGCACAGGUGUCACCACUUGAACACAACAACUCAACAUUGAUCACACUUGUGGCUAAUGAUGUGAGGGAACAUAUACAGUAAACCAGUUCAGAGAGCACUGGUUUGUGAGGCCCUACAAUGGAUAGAAAUCUGAGAGGAAGAGUUCGUGUGAGAGGAGGUCGAGGUGGUCGAGGUGGUCAGCGAAGACAAAGAACAGUAAUAUCUGAUGAAAUCAGAGCUACUGUGAUUGACCAUGUUCUUGUCCAUGGUAUGAGCAUGAGGGAGGCUGGACAAAGGGUACAACCAAACAUCAGUAGAUUCACUGUGUCCACCAUAAUCCGAAGAUUUAGAGAAGAGAACAGGUAAUUACCUUUUUUUGACAUUAUAGUACAGUAUGUAAAUGUUGACAGCAAUUACUGUAUGACAUACUAUAUACUGUACCACAGUAUACUGUAAGUAAUAUAUGUUUCAGUACAUCACUGUACCAAUGUACUGUAGUAUUGUAAUGGAGGGUUGGUCUAACUGUUUGUAGGCCUAGUAUUCCAUGUAUAUUUUUUGUAACUCCAUGUUCUCUUUUUGUAGAAUUGAAAGACUGCCACAUGGGGGUGGGAGUACAGGUAUGUUCUCCCCACACCAAGAGACCCUAAUUGUUGAUAUGGUCCGUGAGAACAAUGCCAUUAAACUGAGCGAAAUUCAGCAGAAGAUCAUUGAGGACCAUUUAAAUUUUGAGGGUAUCAACAGUGUCAGCCUCUCUACUGUUGAUUGUGUCCUCAAGCGCAACAGACUGCGCAUGAAACAGCUAUACAGAGUGCCCUUUGAUCGCAACUCAGACAGCGUCAAAGAGCAAAGAUUCCAGUAUGUACAGGUUGGCAUAUAUCCAGACACAUUCAAUGUUGAUUACUCUAAGUAGUGAUUUACUGUAGUGGCCUAAAUCACUUUUUCCGUAUCACUUACAAAACUAUAUCUAUUUCUACAGAGGGUUUUUCAACUGGAUGCAAUGGAAAGACCCCAUCAAUACAUCUACAUGGAUGAAGCUGGGUUUAAUCUCACCAAAAGGAGAAGGAGAGGCCGUAAUGUGAUUGGCCAUCGGGCCAUUGUUGGUGUUCCUGGGCAGCGUGGUGGCAAUGUCACAUUAUGUGCUGCCAUCAGCAAUCAUGGGGUUGUCCACCAUCAUGCCAACCUGGGGCCCUACAACACUCACCAGCUCCUCAUUUUCCUCAAUCACAUGCGAGAUGCUUUGUCAGGGCAGCAGGAUGAGCAUCCCAUCUAUGUUGUUGUUUGGGACAAUGUGAGUUUUCACAGAGCCCUCCAGGUUAGAGAGUGGUACAAUAUGAACCAAGGUUUUAUAAAUCUUUGCCUUCCACCGUACUCCCCUUUCCUAAACCCCAUUGAGGAAUUAUUCUCCUCAUGGCGGUGGAAGGUAUAUGAACGCCAACCUUACACCAGGGUAAAUCUCCUGCAAGCCAUGGGACUUGCCUGUGGUGACAUAGGUGUGGAGGCAUGCCAAGCCUGGAUACGGCAUGCCAGGGUUUUUUUCCCCCGUUGCCUGGCCAGACAAAAUGUGGCCUGUGAUGUGGAUGAAGUCCUGUGGCCUGACCCAGUACGGAGACAUGAUGCUGUGGCUGAGUAAUGCACUUAUUUGUAUAUUUUUGUACUUUAUUUUUACAUGGGCUUACUGUACACAAGUGGCAAACGCAUAAGAUUUCUGUUUGUUUUUACAAGUGCUACAUGUAAAUGCACAAGAUUUCUGUUUUGUCUUUUUGUACAAGUGCUAAAUGCACAGUUUUUUUUUGUUUUGCAACAUGCAUUUAGCCUACAGUGAACAAUAAACAUUUAUUUCUCCAGCUUCAUGUCCUGAGCGUUGUGUUUUCUAUUUUUCUACGUAGUGUUUAGUGACUGUUCAGUAGUGUUUUUUAUUUUGAUUGACUCGGGGCACGAUUUGACAACAUAGUUCAGUUUUGAGCACAGAUUGAACUGUUUUGAGGUGAAAUUUUGGUUUUGCAAGAAGAGUCUGAGGUUUUGUGAAUGUAGCUUGAAAAUUGGGUUUUGUGUUCACAGUUAAGAGAAAAGGAGAGCAGCUUUCAAGAAAUGUGUCUUAGCAAUCGAGAAAAACUGUAACGCACACACACGCAUGUACGCAGGAGAAUGCACACACACACACACACACACACACACACAUAUAUACAGUUGAAGUCGGAAGUUUACAUACACCUUAGCCAAAUACAUUUAAACUCAGUUUUUCACAAUUCGUGACAUUUAAAUUCCCUGUCUUAGGUCAGUUAGGAUCACCACUUUAUUUUAAGAAUGUGAAAUGUCAGAAUAAUAGUAGGGAGAAUGAUUUCUUUCAGCUUUUAUUUAUUUCAUCACAUUCCCAGUUGAUCAGAAGUUUACAUACACUCAAUUAGUAUUUGGUAGCAUUGCCUUUAAAUUGUUUAACUUGGGUCAAACAUUUUGGGUAGCCUUCCACAAGCUUCCCACAAUAAAGUUGGGUGAAUUUUGGCCCAUUCCCCCUGAAUGAGCUGUUGUAACUGAGUCAGGUUUGUAGGCCUCCUUGCUCGCACACACUUUUUUGAGGUCAGGGCUUUGUGAUGGCUACUCCAAUACCUUGACUUUGUUGUCCUUAAGCCAUUUUGCCACAACUUUGGAAGUAUGCUUGGGGUCAUUGUCCAUUUGGAAGACCCAUUUGCGACCAAGCUUUAACUUCCUGACUGAUGUCUUGAGAUGUUGCUUCAAUAUAUCUACAUACUUUUCCUUCCUCAUGAUUCCAUCUAUUUUGUGAAGUGCACCAGUCCCUCCUUCAGCAAAGCACCCCCACAGCAUGAUGCUGCCACCCCCGUGCUUCAUGGUUGGGAUGGUGUUCUUUGGCUUGCAAGCAUCCCCCUUUUUCCUCCAAACAUAACGAUGGUCAUUAUGGCCAAACAGUUCUAUUUUUGUUUCAUCAGACCAGAGGACAUUUCCAUGUGCAGUUGCAAACCGGAGUCUGGCUUUUUUAUGGUGGUUUUGGAGCAGUGGCUUCUUCCUUGCUGAGCGGUCUUUCAGGUUAUGUCGAUAUAGGACUCGUUUUACUGUGGAUAUAGAUACUUUUCUACCUGUUUCCUCCAGCAUCUUCACAAGGUCCUUUGCUGUUGUUCUGGGAUUGAGUUGCACUUUUCGCACCAAAGUACGUUCAUCUCUAGGAGACAGAACGCGUCUCCUUCCUGAGCGGUAUGACAGCUGCGUGGUCCCAUGGUGUUUAUACUUGCGUACUAUUGUUUGUACAGAUGAACGUGGUACCUUCAGGCGUUUGGAAAUUGCUCCCAAGGAUGAACCAGACUUGUGGAGGUCUAGAAAUUAUUUUCUGAGGACUUGGCUGAUUUCUUUUGAUUUUCCCAUGAUGUCAAGCAAAGAGGCAGUGAGUUUGAAGGUAGGCCUUGAAAUACAUCCACAAGUACACCUCCAAAAUAUGUCAAUUAGCCUAUCAGAAGCUUCUAAAGCCAUGACAUCAUUUUCUGGACUUUUCCAAGCUGUUUAAAGGCACAGUCAACUUAGUGUAUGUAAACUUCUGACCCACUGGAAUUGUGAUACAGUGAAUUAUAAGUGAAAUAAUCUGUCUGUAAACAAUUGUUGGAAAAAUGACUUGUGUCAUGCAUAAAGUAGAUGUCCUAACCGACUUGCCAAAACGAUAGUUUGUUAAAAAGAAAUUUGUGGAGUGCUUGAAAAAUUAGUUUUAAUGACUCCAACCUAAGUGUAUGUAAACUUCUGACUUCAACUGUAUCCAGUACCAUUCAAAAGUUUGGGGUCACUUAGAAAUGUCCUUGUUUUCUAAAGAAAAGCAAUUUUUUUGUCCAUUAAAAUAACAUCAAAUUGAUCAGAAAUACAGUGUAGACAUUGUUAAUGUUGUAAAUGGCUAUUGUAGCUGGAAACGGCUGAUUUUCUAUGGAAUAUCUACAUAGGCGUACAACAGAGACCCAAUAUCAGCAGCCAUCAGUCCUGUGUUCCAAUGGCACGUUGUGUUUCCUAAUCCAAGUUUAUCAUUUUAAAAGGCUAAUUGAUCAUUAGAAAACCCUUUUGCAAUUAUGUUACCACAGCUGAAAACUGUUGUGCUGAUUAAACAAGCAAUACAACUGGCCUUCUUGAGACUAGUUGAGUAUCUGGAGCAUCAGCAAUUGUGGGUUCGAUUACAGGCUCAAAAUGGCCAGAAACAAAUAACUUUCUUCUGAAACUCGUCAGUCUAUUCUUGUUCUGAGAAAUGAAGGCUAUUCCAUGCGAGAAAUUGUCAAGAAACUGAAGAUCUCGUACAAUGCUGUGUACUACUCCCUUCACAGAACAGCGCAAACUGGCUCUAACCAGAAUAGAAAGAGGAGUGGGAGGCCCCGGUGCACAACUGAGCAAGAGGACAAAUACAUUAGUGUCUAGUUUGAGAAACAGACGCCUUAUAGGUCCUCAACUGGCAGCUUCAUGAAAUAGUACCCACAAAACACCAGUCUCAACGUCAACAGUGAAGAGGCGACUCCGGGAUGCUGACCUUCUAGGCAGAGUUGCAAAGAAAAGGCCAUAUCUCAGACUGGCCAAUAAAAAGAAAAGAUUAAGAUGGGCAAAAGAACACAGACACUGGACAGAGGAAGAUUGGAAAAAAAGUGUUAUGGACAGACGAAUCGAAGUUUGAGGUGUUCGGAUCACAAAGAAGAACAUUUGUGAGACGCAGACCAAAUGAAAAGAUGCUGGAGGAGUGCUUGAUGCCAUCUGUCAAGCAUGGUGGAGGCAAUGUGAUGGUCUGGGGGUGCUUUGGUGGUGGUAAAGUGGGACAUUUGUACAGGGUAAAAGGGAUAUUGAAGAAGGAAGGCUAUCACUCCAUUUUGCACCACCAUGCCAUACCCUGUGGAAGGCGCUUGAUUGGAGCCAAUUUCCUCCUACAACAUAACAAUGACCCAAAGCACAGCUCCAAACUAUGCAAGAACUAUUUAGUGAAGAAGCAGUCAGUUGGUAUUCUGUCUAUAAUGGAGUGGCCAGCACAGUCACCGGAUCUCAACCCUAUUGAGCUGUUGUGGGAGCAGCUUGACCGUAUGGUACGUAAGAAGUGCCCAUCAAGCUAAUCCAACUUGUGGGAGGUGCUUCAGGAAGCAUGGGGUGAAAUCUCUUCAGAUUACCUCAACAAAUUAAGAUUCUUCAAAUAGCCACCCUUUGCCUUGAUGACAGCUUUGCACACGCUUGGCAUUCUCUCAACCAGCUUCAUGAGGUAGUCACCUGGAAUGCAUUUCAAUUAACAGGUGUGCCUUGUUAAAAGUUAAUUUGUGGAAUUUCUUUCCUUCUUAAUGCGUUUGAGCCAAUCAGUUGUGUUGUGACAAGGUAGGGGGGGUAUACAGAAGAUAGCCCUAUUUGGUAAAAGACCAAGUCCAUAUUAUGGCAAGAACAGCUCAAAUUAGCAAGGAGAAACGACAGUCCAUCAUUACUUUAAGACAUGAAGGUCAGUCAAUACAGAACAUUUCAAGAACUUUUAAAGUUUAUUCAAGUGCAGUCGCAAAAACCAUCAAGCGCUAUGAUGAAAUGGGCUCUCAUGAGGACCGCCUCAGGAAUGGAAGACCCAGAGUUACCUCUGCUGCAGAGGAUAAGUUCAUUAGAGUUACCAGCCUCAGAUAUUGAAGCCCAAAUAAAUGCUUCACAGAGUUCAAGUAACAGACACAUCUCAACAACUGUUCAGAGGAGACUGUGUGAAUCAGGCCUUCAUGGUCGAAUUGCUGCAAAGAAACCACUACUAAAGGACACCAAUAAUAAGAAGAGACUUGCUUGGGCCAAGAAACACAAGCAGUGGACAUUAGACCAGUGGAAAUGUGUCCUUUGGUCUGGAGUCUAAAUUUGAGAUUUUUGGUUCCAACGCCGUGUCUUUGUGAGAUGCGGUGUGGGUGAACGGAUGAUCUCCGCAUGUGUAUUUCCCACCGUAAAGCAUGGAGGAGGAGGUGUUAUGGUGUGGGGGUGCUUUGCUGGUGACACUGUCUGUGAUUUGUUUAGAAUUCAAGGUACACUUAACCAGUAUGGCUACCACAGCAUUCUGCAGCGAUACGCCAUCCCAUCUGGUUUGGGCGUAGUGGGACUAUCAUUUGUUUUUCAACAGGACAAUGACCCAACACACCUCCAGGCAGUGUAAGGGCUAUUUUACCAAGAAGGAGAGUGAUGGAGUGCUGCAUCAGAUGACCUGGCCUCCACAAUCCCCCAACCUCAACCCAAUUGAAAUGGUUUGGGAUGAGUCGGACCGCAGAGUGAAGGAAAAGCAGCCAACAAGUGCUCAGCAUAUGUGGGAACUCCUUCAAGACUGUUGGAAAAGCAUUCCAGGUGAAGCUGGUUGAGAGAAUGCCAAGAGUGUGCAAAGCUGUCAUCAAAGCAAAGGGUGGCUAUUUGAAGAAUCUCAAAUAUAAAAUAGGUUUCGAUUUGUUUAACACUUUUUUGGUUACUACAUGAUAACCCGCCACGCGGGAUAACACGCCCCCUCCCUGUACUUCUCACAGAAACCACUUAAUGACAAAAUUAUUUUGAGGUAGGGUGACGUUUUACCCCAAGUUACCGGUGUUGUAUUUAGCCCCACUCUCCCAUAUGCACUCAUGGUAAAUUGCAGAGAGGUAAUGUGCUUAACCAUGAAGCUGCUAAAAACUCAGGGUUUAAAAUGGUGCACUCUAUUUAACAAAGGCCAUUAAAACUGCUGUUUUCCCUGUGAUUGCAAGAAUUGUUUUGCAUUGACUGCUUGUCAGAAUGCAGUUGUCCCUCCCUAUGGCACUCGAAACUUGAAUGCGCUUCGAGAGGAAUGUUUCUCUUGCGUAGAACACACAACAACUAGCCGACUAGGUAAAUAGAUCAACUAUUCUAGUAUGGGGUUGUCAGAUUUUUCUAUUCAUUACUCGUUUUCUUUGCAGAGGAAAAGUAAAUGUGGACUGUUUUUAAAAAUAUAUAUAUAUUUCAUAUUUUUUGGGCAUGGUGGCAAUGAUUUUUAAAUGAGUGCAGCGGAAACACUGAUAUACUGUACACAUACAGGCAUGCACACACAAAAACACUCACACACCACAUGGACGCACACACUUACACUCACACAAACAGGUUAGUAAUGCAUUACACACAGACACACACACAUACAGGUUAGUAAUGCAUUACACACAGACACACACACAUACAGGUUCGCACCCCACCACACACAUCAUCCAUACCUUUUCCUGAGCAUCAGUAGCUACUUUACAUCUCAUUCAUUGCAGCUUGGAGAAGAACUGUAGUACUCUACUGUAGUUUGUGUGAAAUGUACGGUCAGAUAUCCCCUGCUACAGUGCAGGUACACUAUAAAUAGGAAAGAAGCUCUGAUGUGUUGGUGUUGAUGCUGCUGGUGUGGUCUGGUCUCCAUGGUAACAGAUGCAGGAAGAGAAGCAGAUGGAGAGGAGGAAGAAGAUCGCUCUGGAGCUCUCUGAGUUGGUGGUCUACUGUAGACCUGUCCCCUUCAACGAAGAGAGUAAGAACUCACACACUCCUCUACCUACCUAUCCUCUUUCUACCUCUCUAAAUGGACCGUGUGUGUGUGUGUGUGUGUGUGUGUGACCGUGUUAUGUCUCCCUUCCAGAGAUCGGGACAGAGCGGACAUGUUUCCGGGAUAUGUCAUCAUUCCCUGAGACCAAGGCAGAGAAGUUUGCCACGCUUGCAAGAGGGAAACGCUUCCUGCAGUAUAACCGCCGCCAGCUCUCCCGGGUAAUAUAAUAUUAUAUUAUAAUAUUAUAAUAAUGUAAUAAUAUAUAUUAUAAUAUACAGGUAACUGCCAAAAUAAUGGAAACAAUUGCGGAAAUGAGGGAUACAAAGUAUAUUGAAAGCAGGUGCUUCCACAGGUGUGGUUCCUGAGUUAAUUAAGCAAUUAACAUCCCAUCAUGCUUAGGGUCAUGUAUAAAAAUGCUGGGCAGGCCAUUAUUUUGGUUAUCAUGGCUAUGCCCCAAUAGGAUGACAAUGCCCCCACCUACAGGGCACGAGUCGUCACUAAAUGGUUUGAUGAACAUGAAAACGAUGUAAACCAUUUGCCAUGGCCGUCUCGGUCAACGGAUCUCAACCCAAUUGAACACUUAUGGGAGAUUCUGGAGCGGCGCCUGAGAUAGCGUUUUCUACCACCAUCACCAAAACACCAAAUUAUUGAAUUUCUCGUGGAAUAAUGGGUUCGCAUCCCUCCAAUAGAGUUCCAGACAUUUGUAGAAUCAAUGCCAAGGUGCAAGUUGUUCUGGCUCGUGGUGGCCCAACACCCUAUUAAGACACUUCAUGUUGGUGUUUCCUUUAUUUUGGCAGUUACCUGUAUAUAAGCCAUUUAGCAGACGGUUUUAUCCAAAACGACAUAAAGACGUGUGCAUACAUUUUCAUAUGGCUAGCCCCAGCGGGAGUCGAACCCACAACCCUGUUGUUGCAAGUGCCAUGCACAAACAACUGAGCCACACAGGGCCAUAAUAAUAUAUGAAGGAAUGUAUGUUCUGCUCCAGGUCUACCCCCGAGGACAGAGACUAGACUCCUCUAACUACGACCCUUUACCCAUGUGGCUCUGUGGAUCCCAGCUGGUCGCUCUCAACUUCCAGACACCUGGUGAGGGAGAUUUUGUGUCGGUGUGUGUGUGUGUGUAUGUGUGUGCUUGUGUUUCUGACUCUAACUCUUUUCCAAGCCCAUGCAGGAGCUCUGUGUUUGUGGUGUGCAUAAGUAUUUAUUAUUUGUAUGUGUAUGUAUGUGUGUGUGUGUGUGUGUGUGUGUGUGUGUGUGUGUGUGUGUGUGUGUGUGUGUGUGUGUGUGUGUGUGUGUGUGUGUAGACAAGCCCAUGCAGUUGAACCAGGCUCUGUUCAUGCUGGGUGGGGGGAGUGGCUUCGUGCCCCAGCCUGACAUCAUGAGGGAUGACACCUUUGACCCCUUCGACAAGGACACCCUCCGCCUGGAGCCAAUCACCAUCCAGCUACAGGUAGGUUGGAGCCAAUCACCAUCCGAAUACAGGUCAGACAACCAAUCAGGAGACAUUCCAUUCUUCCCUGUCUUUUAAUUUACCUGCUUUAUUUAUUUACGCUCUUGUGAGCACUACUAGAACAUCAAGAACACACACAAACACAAACACAAACACACACACACACACACACACACACACACACACACACACAAACAAACAAACAAACAAACACACACACACAGACAUACUCUCACUCUCUCUCACACUCUCUCUCUCUCACUCCCUUUCUCUCUGUCUGUCUGUCUGUGUCAGGUACUGGGAGCUCGUCACCUCCCUAAGAAUGGCCGCAGUAUAGUGUGUCCCUUUGUAGAGGUUGAGGUGUGUGGGGCCGACUACGACUGCAGCAAGAGCAAGACCGACGUUGUGGGUGAGACAUUGCACACCAAUCACACAGCACCCUGCUCUGACGGCAUGAAACCUGACUCUGGCCGUGUACCAAAUGGCACCCUAUUCCGUAUAUAGUGCACUACUUUUGACGAAGGCCCUGGCUUUAAAGGGAAUUGGGCGCCAUUUGGGACAUUGCCUCUGUCUCUGGUUGUAAUGGGCUGACCAGGUGACAUCGGGUUUAUUCCAAAUGUUUAAAUGUAGGGCUCCUGCUUACUGAACAUCAAAAUAAAACAUUGAUUUAUCCCCCCCCCCCUCCAGCUGACAAUGGGUUGAACCCAGUGUGGGUUCAGAGGCAGUUUGUGUUUGACGUCCAUAACCCGUCCUUCUCCUUUCUGCGCUUCUUGGUCUAUGAGGAGGACAUGUUCUCUGACCCCAACUUCCUGGCUCAGGCCAUCUACCCUGUCCGCUCACUAAGAACAGGUUGGUGUGUGCGUGUGUGUGUGUUUUCGGGAAGUGUGUGUAGAUAUAUCAUAGUAGAUCAAAAUAUAUCAUACUACUAUAGUAGAUUAACUGUCUCGCUCUCUCUCUCUGUGUGUGUGUGUGUGUGUUUGUGUGUGUGUGUGUGUGUGUGUGUUGACUUGUCAGGCUACAGGAGUGUUCCACUAAAGAACAGUUACAGUGAAGAGUUGGAGCUGGCUUCUCUGCUGGUUCACAUUGAGAUUGUCAACGCCAAGGUGGUGCCCUAACACAUUCAACGUGCAUAUAUUAUUAUAUUAUCAUACUGUCUGUGUCCCAAAAGGAACCCUACUUCCUAUGUAGUGCACUACUUUUGACCAGGUCCCAUGGGGCUCUGGUCAAAAGUAGUGCAUUAUAUAGGGCAGGAGUAUUGAACUCUUACCCGACGAGGUCCGGAGCCUGCUGGUUUUCUCUUCUACCUGAUAAUGAAUGGCACCCAUCUGAUGUCCCAGGUCUAAAUCAGUCCCUGAUUAGAGGAGAACAAUUAAAAAAGGAGUGUAACUGGCUUUGAGGUCCAGAGUUGAGUUUGAGGGAUAUAGGGGGUAGGGUGCCAUUUGGAACAACAUCCGUGCCUUAGUGUUCUAACAGUUCUAACAGCAUCACCCCACCACUCUGUGUUCUGAUUGGGUGAUUAACAGGAGGAAGAUGAUGAGAACCUGUACUCGUCCAUCCAAAGGCUGAGAGACCGCACCAGUGAGCUGUCCAAUCAGGUGUCAGUUCUGGAGAGAGCGGGGUCAGGAGGUGACCACAGCUACCAGCAGAGUCUGGAGGAGCUGAGAGCAGCACAAGAUCAGCUCAGUGAGCUAGUGGAGACACGCAACCACAGGUAAUAACACACACACACACACACACACACACACACACAGACCCUCUCUCUGUAACUCCUCCGUCUCUGCCUCCCCUCUCCAGGCUGAUUGAGAAGAAGAAGAGGGAGAAGCUGAGGCAGCAGGUGGGGGCUAAGCGCAACUAAAAUGCCCAUCUGACCAGUCUUGAGUUAGUUAUAAAAAUCUUUGGACUGGACAGUACAGGACCCCCAACCAACCAGUUCCCCUCCAUUGCUGCACAUGAUGAUCUUACACCCAUGGAAAGACUAUUCAAUCUACCAAUAACUGGAUUAACCGUGCUAUAAGCUACACAAAGAUGCACAGUGUGGUGGAUAAAAAGAGACAAAAAGCAACACUCAAAUCAUGUCAUCUCAUGGAACAAAAACAUUUAGAAGUCUAACCUUGAAUGAGAAAACAGUUAAGGACUUUUUGUAAAAAAAAAAAAAAAAGGGUUAUAAAAUAAUU